UCUUUUCAAAUUAUUUAAAUACCCAACCUAUGGACAGGAGUUUUUGACUGAUGGUUAGUACUUGUUUCGGUUUUGCAGGUUAAAGUCAGUGAGCUGCUUUGAUCCUCAUUCAGCCGGCACCCUCUGAGGGACCUCCCGCCGUCGGCCCGCCGCCUGGCGGCCAGUCGGCGAACUAGUCCGUCCGGCGAGUCGGCGCCGGCCGGCCGUCGACCGAGCCAGACGCCAGUCGUCGGUUUGGAUGACCGGUCCGGAUGCGGACGCUGUGGGCGCGGAGACUGUAAAGCAAAGUGCCAACUGCCAGUGGCGCGCGCCCGACGUUCUCAGCAGUGCGCGGUGAGACAGUGCGGUGCUCGCAGAGUGUGGGACGCUCUCCAGUCUCCACCAGCGCGACUGGUGGCGGGAAGUGUGAGUGUAGCCCCUGUGUGCGGCGAUGGGAGAUGAACUGUUCCUGCGCUCCCGGUGCUCGGGAGGCGCCGGCUGCCACUGCGCCGGAAUGGAGCAUUUCUACGUGCCUGACUCCACGGACCGCGCGCCGCCGACCAGCUCCCGUGGUCGCCGUGUGUCGGGCCAGGCCGGCGGCGCGCUCAACGACUCCAUGCACUCCAUCAAGAGCAGCUCCACGCGACCGGCGCCAUCCAGGUCCGCCGGUGCUGCCGCCGCCUCUCAGGACUGCACGGCCGCUCUGCUGGCCUCUGUGUUUGACCAGGUGAGCGGGGCGGAGACCGACGACCGCCCGGCCCGGUCCCGCCGGGUCCGCCGGCCGGCCAAAGAGCGCCGCCGCCAGGAGGAGUCUCAGAUGGACACCAGCGGGCUGCCCGACCUCUCCUACCUGGCCUACAGCAGCGACGAGGAGUUCGAGGAGUUCAUGAAGCAGCCGCGCACGGACUACACGUACUCCCGCAGCCUGUCGUACACUGCAGUCCGGCCGGAGCCAGUCGGGCCGCCCAGCAUGUCCCGGCUGGGGCUGCGCUCACCCUCACACGGGGCAGGGGACAGCCCGCUGCCGGCGCCACGGACCGCGCCCAGCCGCGCUGAUAGGGGAGCGGCGCAGGCGGCGGCCAGUCCGGCGCUACCGGGCGACGAGCGGGGCGUCUAUGAGAGUACAACAACGCGCGUGUACAGCUACCGUCGUGAGAUCACCUCGCGUGUUUCGUCCAACAGCCUGAUGUCAAACGCGUCCGUGGCUCCGCCGCUCUCCUUCACCUACUCCUCGUCCGCCGAGGCUCCGCCGCCGCCGCCCGGACCCGAGCCGUCCCCCGCACCGCCUGCCGUCCUCCCAGCGGAGGGAGGACCCGCCAGCUCCUCCUCCGUCCUCCCCAGGUCCUCCCCGAACUCCGCGGAGUCCUCCCGUCCGACUCCGUCCCUCGAGGAUGCACUGCUACUCGAGGAGCUACUCGGUGACUCCACCCUGGGCCUGUCGCCCGGCCUGGACGCCGACUCCCAGGACGAGGAGUGGCUCCCUACUGACGGCGUGUCCAAACUGGGCGCCCAUCGCUGCAGCACGCCCUACAAAACACGACCAGGCUGGUCGGUGCGCCGCUGCGCCCGUCAGGCCCUCUCGCCGCUGCUGCGUCUCUGGCUGGCCCUGACAGCCGUCUGCCACCACCUCUGGACCUCUCUCCGGCCGCUGUUCCUCGCCCCAGUCUCUAAAGGCGUCUCCGCGUCCGGGCCGGCGGCUGGUGUAUCGUCAGGGCUAGCGCCGGGAGUGUCGGUGGGCACAGCGAGGACGGCAGUGGGUGCUGACUCGCCGGUGGUGGGGUCAGUGCAGGGGAAGGAGAGGCGGAACAGUCGGCCGCCGUCACGGCACCGCUACCAGCUCCGUCCGCGCCUCACACCGCAGAGAGAUACGCUCUAUGGAGAGUGGUCGGACGCGGCGGCCGGCAGACAGAAUGGUGGACUGGGAGUGAGUGCCGGUCGGGAUGGGGAGUCUACCCAGGAUGGCAGUGACUCUGUGAGGCCCGGUGGAGGACCUGGGAGGCUGUUAACCGCCCUCGCCUGGCUUGCGGCAGUGCUGUGGUACGUGAACCCCCUCCGCUGGGCGGCCGCAGCCUGCAGUGCUGCCAUCUCCCGCGCGCAGACGGCGGCUGAAGUGCUGGACUUGCCGCGUGGUGCCGCCACAGUCGCCGCCGCUCUCAAUCCAGCUGCGUGGGCGCGAACGGUACGGCGGAAACUCACUGGUCCGUCAGGGAAGCUUGAGUCCCGUCCCGGCUGGCUGCGCUGGGCCGGCGCGCUGCUCUGGGGCUCGGUGGGGACCGCGUCAGCCGCUCCGGCGCCACCCGCCGCUCCGGGCUCCGGCUCCCGGGCGGAGCUGUGGCGCCGCUCCGGCUCCCUGCUGGCCGGCUCCGGCGGCGAUCCGGGAGCCGGGAGCCGCGUGGGAGCUGGUGGGCCGAGCGCCGAGAGCUGGGUGGGUGAAGCAGCGGUGAAGGAACGUCGGGAGGGCGGCGGCUGGCGCUGUCUGCCCCUUGCGACAGCUGCCCUGCUGCUGCUUCUACUGACCGUACUGCUGCUGCUGCCCUUCUUAGGCUGGCUGGGCGGAGAGGGUGGCGAGUCACCGGUGGAGCUACUGCUGCCCGCUGGACGGUGGUCCCUACCAGACGCAGACUCUGCCAAACAGUACCUCUCGGAGGCUCUGUCGUCACUGGGCGGAGGACUGUCCUUCCUGGUCGGAGGAGUGUCAUAUCUACUGGGAGGAAUCCUCGCCGGGCUGACAUCACUGGCUGAAGGACUGAUUGCCAUCGGCAUCUACGGUCUAGCGGUAGUACAGGUGGCGCUGGCUCAGCUGGCGGGUGCGGUCGGCUCGGCGGGAGCCGUGCUCUGGGCACCUCUGACCUCUGGGUCGGCUCUGCCACCUCCCACCCCUGCCGCGGGUACUGAGCCGUCCCCUGUCCCUGCUGAGGUGGUGGUGGCCCCCGUUGCCGGAGACGCGGAUCGGACGCUAUCCGACCCCCGCCUCAGUGAGGUACUGGUACAGAUGGACGAGCUGAAGGCCAGGCUGGAGCUGCUGCAGCAGGAAUACCAGACGUGUCGGUCGGCCGCCGCGCUGCCCCCGUCGGCGGCGGCUGUUCGCGCCGCUCUGGGCCUGCCGUCCGACUCUGCUCCGCUCACCACCGACCGUCUGGAGGCCGCCGAGGCGCGGCUGCGGGGCCGCCUGGAGGCCGAGCUGGCGGCCGUCCGCGCCCUGCUGGACCGGGAGGACGGUGGACGGGACGUGGAGGUGCUGCUCGCCCGUCUGACCGCACUGGAGGAGGCGGUGCCGGCGGCCCAGCGGCAGAGGUCCCGACUGGACGCCGAGGGCCGGGCGGCGGCCGCGCGGCUCGGCUCACUGGAGCAGGAGAUGGGUGACCUGAGGGCGGAGCUGGCCCACCUGCAGAGCGCGCUGUCGGCGGCCCGGGAGGCGCUCCAGCGGACCGGCUCCUGCUGUAACGGCACGGCGGCCGACUGGAGCGGCACAGUGGGCGCCGAGCUGGGCCGGAUGGAGAGCCAGCUGCUCGACAGGAUGCAGCUCUUCACCACCAACUUCAGAAAAGAUCUGACGGCGGACCUUCCGUCUCUGACGGGAGCGGCGGCCGCUGCCGCUGCCGGCGGCUCAGGCGGCGGGGGCGGCGGUAUCAGCCGGGAGGAGGCGCUCGCCAUCGCUCAGCACGAGUUAGCCCUCUACGACGCCGAUAAGACGGGCCAGUUCGACUUUGCGCUGGAGUCUGCGGGCGGCAGUGUGCUGAGCACAAAGUGUACCGAGGCGUACACGGCCCGCACGGCGCGGCUGACUGUGCUGGGGGUGCCGCUGUGGUACCCGUCCAAUAAUCCCCGCUCCAUCAUACAGCCGUACGGCCGGCCGGGCGAGUGCUUCGCCUUUCACGGCGAGGGUCAGUUCGUGAUCGGCCUGUCCCGGCCGGUCCGACCCACCGAGUUUGUGAUCGAGCACAUCGCCCGCGGCCUGACGCCCGGUGGACGAAUCGACUCGGCGCCCCGACACUGCUCCGUCCUGGCUGUGGCCGAUGACGGUGGUCCGGCCACAUUGCUGGCCAGUUUCGAGUACUCGGCGGCCGGGCCGCCCCUGCAGCGGUUCGCGGCGGCCCCCACCGACCGGCCGGUAAGCGCUGUAGAGCUGAGGGUCACCUCCAACUGGGGACACCCCGAGUACACGUGUCUGUACCGGUUCAGAGUACACGGUCAGCCGGAGGGGGACGCCAGGUGACGGCAUGAGUCGAGAGGAUAACACGGCGGAGAGAUGGAACGGUGAGAUCGGGGAUGGAGGAAGAGGUACCUUUGGAGUAGAUGGAGGUACCUUUCUGUGUCAAGAGAACACGGAGACGACCUGGUGCCGCUUACGUGCCUCAACUUUCCCAAGGAGUCUGGGAGAUGGGAAGAGCGACAGAUUCGUGCCUCGCAAACUGAACACAGUCCAGAGACUGAACAUUGAGCACAGCUCGUGAGUGAGAGCUCGAAUAUCAAGUGGUCGGACUGUCGGCAAAUGGCGUGGAACUCUGUCUUACGUGAGUUCGCGAUCUACCAGACAGUGGUCACACAGUGUCAGUACAAUGAACCUUGGUCUGGGCGCUGCCUGUCGGACCCACUGUCGCUGGAACAUAGCGCCGAGAGAGCGAGCGAUCUUCUCGGAUACCGCCGACUGCCGGCGGUAGAGACAACCCCGGCGGUAGAGACAGAGGUAGGAGAGACAGUAGAGCUUAAACUCGGGGCCGUGUGUGUAUGGAAUCUUGGAGAAAUGCGUAUCGCGUACUGUCAGGUGAUCUGCUAGUCUGAGUCCUGUUUUGCAGCUUUGUGUUCUGCUUCGUUGGCAUUGGUUUCCUGAGAUCUCCGUUCGAGUUUAUAUUGUAAAUGCGUUUAUUUAAAGGAGCUUUUUAUACUGAACGGUCGUUAUUAAGCCAGUACAGUACUAUGCUAAGUGGCUGCAUGUCUCGCUAGUUCAGGUACCUUCUGCUAGAAUCUGUUGUAUUUGUUUAUCAUUGCCAUCAGGGGACAUACCCAUGCGUUGCCAAAGCUUUGUAACAUGAAAAAAUGUAUGCGUUCUUACAUAUGUCACCAUCUGAGCUUCUACGGAAUUAUUUGUACAAAUGCGUUAACUGUUUAUUUUCUUGCGUUGCCAUGUGUUGAGAUUACGUGUGUGGUCACAGCUUGUUUUAUUGUGUGCGAGUGUCGCCUGUGCAGUUAGCCCUGACUCUGCCCGGAUUUUCUGCCUGUUCUACCGUCCCUUCUCACUCUGGGUCGGUAGCAACUGAAAAGCACAGCCUUUGGUACACUGCCUCUGUAUUCGUGGUGUCGUACCCGAUUGUGAGUUGGUAUGCGUGUGCUUUUGAAUAAAAUGUCGUACAUAUCGUU